AGCCAUUUUGGCUCAAGCUAGCUCGGGCGCCUGGGCGAGGUGCGCUUCCCUCCCCGCGGCCGCCCAGGCGAUGGUGGCUACGCACCUGGCGGCGGCGGCGGCGCGCGCGGCGGCAGGCGCGUGCAGGGCCGCGGCGGCGAGCGCCCGCGCCGAGGGCUCAACGGCCGCCUGCGCCACGCUCGUGGCGGCCGCGUCGAGCUGCGACGCCGUGGAGGCGCACCUCCUCGCUGCAGCGGGGCGCGCGCGCGCCGGCGCCGACGGCCUCGCCCCGCGGCAGGCGGCUGCCGAGGAGGAACUGCGGCUCCAGGCAGUGACCGAGGCCGCCACCGGCGCCUGGCCCCACAGCGCAGGCGCGGUGGCGCGCGGCCUCCAUGGCUGUGGCCUCCCUGUUGCUGCCAUGGCGGCGCGGCGGGUCGGGCGGCGCGGAGGCCAAGGGCGCCAUGGCAGGGCCCCGCCCGCGACGCCCGCGCUGGAGGUGGCCCGGGAUGCUGCGCUGGCGGCGGCGGCGGUCGGGGCCAUGCGGACCGAGGAGGCGUCCACCGACGUGCCGAGCAGCAGAGACUCCCACUCCGAGGACGCGUCGGAGCAGCCAAACGCCCUGAGCGUGAAGGGGGCGAAGAAGGACAUCAAGGGCGCCCCAAUCUGCACUGCCACUGAGGAGCUCAAGGAGACAAUCUCGCUUCAGCCAGUUGCGAAGCAGAUGGGGAAGCGGAUAAAGAAGGCCAGCGACCACGCCCCAGACAGCAAGGCCACCGAGGAGGCGAAGGAGCUGGUCUCGGCCAUGAGCGACGGGGAUGUGCUGGUCCAGGAGAACACUCGCUUCUACAAAGGGAAGUCCCUGCACGACCCCGACAAGAAUGAGGAGCAGAUGAAGAAUGACAUCUUGUGCGACCCAGGCUGCCAGUCCACCAACGAGGUGCAGGAGAGGAUCGCGGCCAUGAGCGACGGGGACGUCCUGAUCCUGAAGAACACUCGGUUCUACAAGGGAGUGACCAAGAACGACCCCGAGAAGCAGGACCACCUGACGAAGAAGAACGAUGGGGACGUCCUGGUCCUGUUGCACGAUGGCCCCGAGGAGAAGCAGGUGAUGAAGUGCGAGACGCCCUCGGAGGUCAAGCUCAAGGAGCCGCACCCCGAGGACGGCGACAAGCAGAAGAUCGGGGACGUGGUGCAGGAGGGCAUCGACAACCCCAUCCUGAUGAAGACGGAGGUCCACGCCAACGACAGGUACGCCCUCGGCGACUCCGAAAGCACGGGCGAGCUGAUGAAGAAGUACAUCAAGUGCGACCCACACUGCAACGCCACCGAGGAGCAGGAGGAAGCCGUGUCGGCCUCGAGCGACGGCAACGAGCUGGCCCUGAAGAGGCCGCCUUGGGAGUGCGACUCCGACGACGACGACGCCGCCCUGCGCGCCGCGAAGCUCGCCUUCCGCGCGCGCUGAGGCUGGGCCUGCUGCGAGCUCUCGGCGCGCUCGCGGGCGUAGUUUCCCGUGGACCCCUGGGCCGUUGGGCCGCGCGUGGCGCGAUGAUAACCGCGCUUCCCCUGGGGCUGUUCCUGGCGGCGCCGCGUGGCGCAGUGCAAGCACUGUUGAAGAGUAAAUUGUCCUGGGGAGGGCCUGUCGCAGCGUGCGAGGGAUGUCGCCCCCCUCGGCACGGCUGGCAAAAUGUUGAUGGCCCUCCCCAGGCCCCCGCCCUUUUCUCGACGGACAACGUCCGAUUGCUCCAGCUCCAGCUCC